UCGCGUCGCGGCCGCCCCGUCCCGUCCCAUCGCUCGGGGCCGGCGGGUGCGCGUCCCUCGGCCCCGCACCCGGCGGCAACAUGUGGCUCCUGGAGCGGCUGCGUGGCGUGGCGGAGAAUGGCGGGUCCCGGGGUGCGGGGCCGGAGGAGUCCCCACGGGGAUCCCGCUACAGCAACGUCCUCACCCCUGACAAGAUCCCUGACUUCUUCAUCCCACCCAAGCUGAGCGCAGCACCCACUGAGGCCGAGGGCCCCGAACCCCCCGCAGCACCUGCCCUGGGCCCCUCGGCCUCAGAGCAGGACCUGGCUGGGCGCAAGCCCCCACGCAGCCCCCGGCCAUCCAGCCGGCCCCGGUCACGGGCUGCCGGCCAGCACAUCAUCCAGAUCGAGAGCGCCGAGGACUGGACGGCCGAGGGGGGCUUCGGCACCAACGUGGACCCUCAGGCACAGACCGCCAUGUCGCUGCCCUACGUGCCCAAGGCGCAGACCUCCUACGGCUUUGCCACGCUGGUGGAGAGCCCCCACACGCGGCGCAAAGAGUCGCUCUUCCACAGCGAGCACAGCAGCCUCUGCCCCUCGCCGGCCACCUCGCCCAGUGCCCAGCGCAGAGCCAAGCUCAACGGUGACAGCGGGCCGCGGGCGCCCACUGACCUGGGCGCAGCCCUCAUGCACCCCGGCCGCUACUUCAGCGGCGGCGAGAGCGACACGUGCUCCUCGGCAGAGUCCUCGCCCUUCGGCUCCCCGCUGCUCUCCCGCUCUGUCUCCCUGCUGAAGAUCUUCAGCCAGGAGAGCCAGUCUAAGGUCAUCAAGCUGAAGCACUCGGUGGCCCGCAACAGCUCCCUGUCCACCGACGACAGCUCAGCUGACACCAGCCCCAGCGCCCAGCGCCGCGCCCGGAGUGCCCCGGCCGGGGGGCAGCCGCCCACCGCCCUGCUGCCGCUGGACAGGCCGCCGGGCCGCGACCGGGAGCACAGCCUGCGGCUGAGCCGGGGCGGGAGCCUGCGCCUGGCUGCUGAGUACGACCCCUCCAACGCCCGGCUGCGUGUGCGGCUUGUCUCUGCCGAGGACCUCUACGACGCCCUCGUUGACCUGCGCAGCAUCAACUGCUGCGUCUCGCUGUGCCUCAACCCCGGGAAGCUGCAGAAGCAGCGCAGCACCAUCGUCAAGAACAGCCGCAACCCCGUCUUCAACGAGGACUUCUUCUUCGAUGGGCUGGGCCUUGGCCACGCCAGGAAGAUGUCCCUGAAGCUCAAGGUGGUCAACAAGGGCAGCAGCCUUAAGCGGGACACGCUGCUGGGGGAGAAGGAGCUGCCGCUCACCACCCUCCUGUCCUGCUUGUAGGUGCUUGCUGCCAGCCCCGCAGGGAGCUGCCUGCCCGUGGGGCUGGGGCGAGGCGGGGGGGCCGGCCCCGUCCUGUCCCCUGGCCCCACUGGAGGGGGGCUUUGAAGGGCCCCUCAGAGGAGGGAUGGGGCCGUGGCGGAGCGUGGGGGCCCCCGGGGGUGGCACUGCCGUGGGGCUCUGCCAGCACCAGCCCUCCUGCGGCAGGGUGGGCAGGGCCGGCGGCCGCAGCCUCUCCCCUCUGCUCCCCCCCCUGCUCCCUCCCGAGGCUGCAUCUCCUGGAGCCCAGCAGGAAGCGGGCAGCCACCAGCCCCAUCUCCACUGGGAAGGAUGGAUGUCACCUGCUGGGCUCUUCCCUCUCUGGUGCCCGUGGUCUCCAGCUGGCCGGCACGAAGGUUGGAGGUGGGUAGAUCUCUGUAGCAUACUUCCUGCCACCUCUCAAAGCCUCAGCUGCUGGAGUCUGGUGACAGUGUUGAUCUCAGCUUUAAUUUAAAAGACAAGUGUCUAGUCUUGGAAACUGCAGAGAAAAUACUGCAGAGGUGACCCAAGAAUGGGUCAAGGGAGGUGACCCUGGGGGAUGAGUCAGGUUUGUGGUUUUUGAGCCUUUCCUGGACUCUUCCCAGCCCUGUGGGACUGCACAGAUGUGCAAGCUGGCUUGGUCCAACACCUGCAGACCCUCGGGACACCCUCCCUGCCCACCCCUAGCAGUGUCCCCCACCGCCGAGCCCCUGCGGGAAACUGCUCAUGGGGCUUCUGGGGCUUUGGGUUUGCUGAAAUCCAGGAGGCUGCCCGUGCCUGUCCCCUGCCCGCAGGAGGGAGGUGCCAGGGGCUGGUACUGCCAUGGGGGGGCCUGGCACCCCUCUCCCUGGGCACAUGGGUGCUCCUGGGCAGUGUCCCAACAGACGUGCUUGCUGAGAAAAGCCGAGGUGACAGGAGUGGCCCUCCCAGAGUGCUGGUGAUCUGGCUGGCACUGGGGACACUCCGAGGUGUCGCUGGGUAGGGGGGCAGGCUGGGGCCCUCAUACCCUCUGCCCUCCCUCGCCUGUGGGGGCUUGUGCAUGGCUGCACCCCCUGGGCAGGAGGGACAUGUCCCAUGGGGCCACCGAGCCCCUGUGCCCAGCAGGACCCCACUCCCCAAAGGGACUGGCCUGGCUUUGCAGUUUCCCUUUGGGGUGGAGUGGGGGGCUCCCACCCCUCUCCAUCCCUCCCUGCCAUCCCAGUUGGCCGGCUGGAGGCACCGGGAGUGGGGGAAAUGCCGUCUGGAGCAUUUCUGCAGGUGGAUCAAACAGACACCUUGUUGUUUGGUGUGGUGUUACCCAUUGCAUCGGGCUCUGCAUGUUUCUGGGGAAGGGAGCAAAAUUCGCAGUGCUCCUGUCCCUGCCCGUUGCAGCACACAUGGACACACACGCACACACGUGUCCCUCUGUGUUAACCUCUGUUGGUGGCAGUUGAUGUUCCUUCCUUGUCCUUUGCAGCAGAUGGCAGAUUUCAGUGUUGGCUAUUUAUAUCCGAGGCUGAUCUUUCCCAGCGUGUUUUACUUCUGUCUGUAAAUAUGUUUCAGGUACGCAAGGCAUGGUUCUGAUAAGUGCAGUGUUUGCAUGUCAAGGGGAUUUAGGGUGAUCGUAGCUGUUUAUUGAGCUUGUGUCUGAAAACAAACUGUGCAGGACGUAAGGAGCAAACAAGUUCCUCCUUUGCGGGGGGCUUCCCACCUGAGGCUUCCCACCGCUACCCUAGGAGCCAACGUGGGGGACACUCGUGGGCCCCGAGUGCCCAGGCUUGCCCUGGGGGCUCUGGGGAGGGUGGGACAAGGAGAUGGGCCACGUCCCUGGGCUGGGGGCGAACAUCCUGCCCCUGAGCGGACCCGGGGCAGGAAGGGGACCCUUCCAGUCCCCUGCAGUCCCUGGGGUGCUGAGGUCCCCAGGGUGCUGCGCCUGCAAGGGGCUGGUGGGAGCCGGGUGCUGCUGGGGGGGAGGGAGCCAGCAGGCUGCCAGGGGAGGGGGAACAGGAGCUGGGCAAAGAUUUUGGUGCUCUAUGAGAGGGUUGGGAAGUGGCGCAUCCCCCACAGCAGAGCUGUCUGCCUUUGGGUUUGGGGAAGGGGGAUGCUGAGAGCAGGCCCCUGAGCUUCUCCUUGGGUUGGGGCUGGCCCUGGGGCGAGACUCAAGGGCCUGGGGGCUUGUUCUGUCCCAUCCCCCCCAGCCUGUCCCAGGGUCCCUCGUGGGAGUUGAGUGGUGUGUGACUGUCCACCGAGCCCUGGGAUGUGCUGCUGUGAGCCCUGCUCCCGUGAUGGGAGGGUGGACGGUGUGGGAGCCGGGACUGUGGCCUGGCUGGGUCUUUCUUCCCCUGUAGCUAUUUUCUACUGUUCUUGCUUUGAUAUUUCUGUGGCUGGAUUUAAUGAUGCAUUUCUGGAGUGAUAAAAUAUAUUAAUACCUGAAUUGAAUGUUUGUUUACAGAUUACUUCCCCUUUUUAGUGCAAUAAAGUAAUUUCUAAAACAGA